CAAGCAAUCCCGACAGAUUCUCAUCAUUGGUAACUGAGUUACACAGGAAGCUCAAUUGAUCCCAUAGAUUAUUGAUUCUACUAGUCUUAUUAUCAUUUAACCCUCACUUUCAGUCCCCAAAUCUCUACCGCCAUGGCCGCGAGCCAGGAUACCGUUUCCUUCGAUGCGAUCAUCCAAGCCGAUCGCAAGAGAAGACGCAACGAAGAACUAGCAAACAAGCUCCUGAGCAAGAAGAAAUCGACCAACCCGCCCACGAAACCGGCAGGGAAGACGCAGAAUGUGAAGCCAGGCAGCCUGGCAAGUCGGAUCGGAGUAGCGAAGCGCUCCGCAUCGGCUACCCUACCGGCCAAAACCACUCCUCCAAUCCCAGCGCCCGCGCGACAGGGUGCCCGACCGAACGCAAGGCCAUCGAACAAGCGCCGUCCUGAUGAGAACCGCCUUCUUUCUGCGCUCAAUCCCGCGAGCGGCCAGGCUAACGUGCGAAAUGGAGGUGGACUGUCAAUCAAGGGGAAAGGGUCCGGGCCGUUCGUUGUUGUCGGUAGCAACUUCGCGCCAGGGACUACGGCGGCCGAUAUUCAAUCAGCUCUGGAACCUGUUUCCGGCCCGAUAUUGCGCUGCUGGGUCACUGCGCAACAUCCUGUUGUCACAGCGGAGAUUACAUUUGCAGAGAGACAGGCCGCAGAGGGUGCCGUUGCCAACUUUCACAACCAGAGGGCCGACGGUCGGAUCCUCUCAUUCCACCUAAAGCAACCUCAGAACCCCGAUCUGUUCGAGCGCUCCAAUGCCCAGCCCGCCGUACAGAACUCCCAAUCGUUCAGUGACCUCCGCGAGCAAGCAGACCGCGAUCGCCGUUCUCAUCGCUUGGCCGAUGCAGCUGUCCAGGACGGACGGUGGGGAUUCAAUGAUCAGAACCCGGCUGGCCAAGGCCCAUCCAGGGGGAACAAUCGCAGAAACCGGGACCUGCGCGCCGUGAGGCAGCUCCUCAGAAAACAUCCCAACCAGACCCUCUGCCUCAAAUCGCAACGAUGGUCCUCAACUACACCCGCAUCUUCCACAUCUACAUCUGAAACAAGAAAAUGGUCGACACCGCUAGCGCAGACUCUUGCCAAUGCGAUCAAAGUAACCGGACCCGUUCCCAUUGCCGCCUUUAUGCGCCAGGUCCUCACAAAUCCCGAAGGAGGCUACUACACAACGCGACCAGAAGGCCACGGCGAAGUAUUCGGCAAGAAAGGUGAUUUCGUCACCUCUCCCGAGAUAUCGCAGGUCUUCGGAGAACUGGUGGGGAUCUGGACAAUUGCGGAAUGGAUGGCGCAGGGACGGAAGCGCAGCGGAGUGCAAUUGAUGGAAGUUGGACCGGGGAAGGGCACAUUAAUGGAUGACAUGUUGCGUACAUUCCGCAACUUCAAGAUGUUCUCGUCGAGUAUAGAGGCGAUAUAUCUGGUCGAAGCUAGCGCUACGCUGCGGGAAGUGCAGAAGAAAUUGCUGUGCGGGGAUGCAGUCAUGGAGGAGACGGAUAUCGGACACAAGAGUACAUGCAAGUACUUUGAUGUUCCCAUCGUUUGGGUGGAGGAUAUCCGAUUGUUGCCGCAUGAGGAAGAAAAGACCCCCUUCAUAUUCGCCCACGAAUUCUUCGAUGCCCUCCCCAUCCACGCCUUUGAAUCCAUCCCUCCCUCUCCGGAGAACCAGCCUGAGCAGAAGGAAAUCAUGACUCCCACCGGCCCAGCAAAACUACACCAGCCCUUGAAGCCAGCCAACACUCCCCAAUGGCGCGAACUCUUGGUUACCUUGAACCCGAAAGCCGUGGAGGAGAACAUUGAAGGCGAGCCCGAGUUCAAGCUGACCCUCGCCAAAGCAUCGACGCCAUCCUCUCUAGUUAUCCCGGAGAUCUCUCCGCGCUACCGCGCCCUCAAAUCCCAGCCGGGAUCCACCAUCGAAGUCAGCCCGGAGAGUCGUAUCUACGCAGCUGACUUUGCGCGCCGCAUUGGCGGUGCCUCAGAACCACCCCGCACAGUUACAAAGGGCGCUGCUGCUUCUGCGCCGGCUCCCGCGAAGCGCACAUCUUCCGGUGCUGCCCUGAUCAUGGACUACGGCACUCUCAACACCAUUCCGAUCAACUCCCUGCGGGGUAUUCAGGAGCACAAGAAUGUGCCGCCGCUGUCGUCGCCAGGACAGGUUGACGUCAGUGCUGAUGUGGAUUUCACGGCGUUGGCGGAGGCGGCGAUCGAGGCUAGUGAGGGCGUGGAGGUGCAUGGGCCGGUCGAGCAGGGUGAUUUCCUGCAGGCGAUGGGCAUCGAAGAGCGCAUGCAGCAGCUUCUGAAGAAGGUUGAUGAUGAAGAGAAGCGCAAGACACUGGAGACAGGAUGGAAGAGACUGGUUGAGAAGGGCGGUGGCAGUAUGGGCAAGAUCUACAAGGUGAUGGCCAUCGUUCCCGAGAAUGAUGGCAAGCGUCGGCCGAUUGGAUUCGGCGGUGGACUUGUGAUGUAG